UGUAACUCAUCGGCUCCAAUCCCAGUGCCAGCUGAGGCAGCAGCCUCUUGAGGCUUAACUGAGGCUGGUAGAUCCACUUUCAUACCAACGCACAUGAUAACUGGUUCUUCUUGCAAGUUCACCAUGGAUUGGCCGUAUUAAAAGUACCUAGAAAGUGGUUAAGAACAUGAACUCUGGAGCCAGAAGACUUGGAUCCAAACCAAGGAUUGCAACUAAGAUUUGUGACUUUAGCUGUUGAGACAGGGAUGCGGAAGAACCACCUGAGCUGCUCUAGGCACCACUGUGAAGUUCAAUGAAAAUGUGUGGCCAGAGAAUUGAAGGAGCAUCGACAGGGAGCUGGAUGGGAAACAGAACGAUUGAGACUUGCAACUGCACUUGGAUGCUUAACCUACUGAGCCACAACAAUGGCAUCAAGACUUCACUUCUGAUUCCAGCUUCCUACGAAUGUCUAUCCUGGGUGGUAGCAGAGUGAUGGCUCAAGUGGUAGGAGAUCUGGACUAAGUUCCAGAUUCCUGGCUUCAGCCUGGAUCAGCCCUGGCUAUUGUGGGCCUUUUGGAAGUGAAUCAGCAGGCCGAGGAGGGGACAGCGCCAUUCGUCAGCUUCAGGCUUCCCCGGGGCUCGGCGCGGGGGCCCCCCGGAGCGGAGUGGGGACCUGCCCGCCUUCCCCCAUCGCCCUGCCGCCUCUCCGCGCCAGCAACGCGGCCGCCACGGCCCACACGAUUGGCGGCAGUAAGCACACCAUGAAUGAUCACCUGCAUGUCAGCAGUCACAACCACGGACAGAUCCAGGUUCAGCAGCUGUUUGAGGACAACAGUAACAAGCGGACCGUGCUCACAACACAACCGAAUGGGCUUACGACAGUGGGCAAAACAAGCUUGCCCGUGGUGCCAGAGCGGCAGUUGGAGAGCAUUCACAGACGGCAGGGGAGCUCUACAUCCCUCAAGUCCAUCGAAGGCAUGGGGAAGGUGAAAGCCACGCCCAUGACACCCGAACAAGCAAUGAAGCAAUACAUGCAAAAACUCACGGCCUUUGAACACCAUGAGAUCUUCAGCUACCCUGAAAUUUAUUUCUUGGGUCCAAAUGCCAAGAAGCGCCAGGGCAUGACGGGUGGGCCCAACAACGGUGGCUACGAUGAUGACCAGGGAUCUUAUGUGCAGGUGCCCCACGACCAUGUGGCUUAUAGGUACGAGGUUCUCAAGGUCAUUGGGAAGGGGAGCUUUGGGCAGGUGGUCAAGGCCUACGAUCACAAAGUCCACCAGCACGUGGCCCUGAAGAUGGUGCGGAACGAGAAGCGCUUUCACAGGCAGGCGGCUGAGGAGAUCCGCAUCCUGGAGCACCUGCGCAAACAGGACAAAGACAAUGCCAUGAACGUGAUCCACAUGCUGGAGAACUUCACCUUCCGCAACCACAUCUGUAUGACCUUUGAGCUGCUAAGCAUGAACCUCUAUGAGCUAAUCAAGAAGAACAAAUUCCAGGGCUUCAGCCUGCCUUUGGUUCGCAAGUUCGCCCACUCGAUUCUGCAGUGCUUGGAUGCUUUGCACAAAAACAGGAUCAUUCACUGUGACCUUAAGCCCGAGAACAUUCUGUUAAAGCAGCAGGGUAGAAGUGGCAUCAAAGUGAUCGAUUUUGGCUCCAGUUGUUACGAGCAUCAACGUGUCUACACGUACAUCCAGUCGCGCUUUUACCGGGCUCCCGAGGUGAUCCUGGGGGCCAGGUACGGCAUGCCCAUUGACAUGUGGAGCCUGGGCUGCAUUUUAGCAGAGCUCCUGACGGGUUACCCGCUCUUGCCUGGGGAAGAUGAAGGGGACCAGCUGGCUUGUAUGAUCGAACUGUUGGGCAUGCCUUCCCAGAAACUGCUGGAUGCGUCCAAACGAGCCAAAAAUUUUGUGAGCUCCAAGGGUUAUCCCCGUUACUGCACUGUCACGACUCUGUCAGAUGGCUCCGUGGUCCUCAACGGAGGCCGCUCCCGGAGAGGGAAGCUGAGGGGUCCACCAGAGAGCAGAGAGUGGGGGAAUGCACUGAAGGGGUGUGAUGAUCCCCUUUUCCUUGACUUCUUAAAACAGUGUUUAGAGUGGGAUCCUGCAGUGCGCAUGACCCCAGGCCAGGCUUUGCGGCAUCCCUGGCUGAGGAGGCGCUUGCCAAAGCCUCCGACCGGGGAGAAGACAUCAGUGAAGAGGAUAACCGAGAGCUCUGGUGCUAUCACGUCGAUUUCCAAGUUACCUCCACCUUCCAGCUCAGCAUCCAAACUGAGGACUAAUUUGGCACAGAUGACAGAUGCCAAUGGGAAUAUUCAGCAGAGGACAGUGUUGCCAAAACUUGUGAGCUGAGCUGCAGUCCCCCAACAGACCAUGCUGGUAAUCUGAAAGAUACGAUGUUGCUGAGCCUUACCGGUUGAAGAGGAGUAGCUCAGACCUGUUUUUAUUUGUUCAAUAACUACUCAUUUGUAUCUUUUCAGCACUUAAUUUUCAUGUAAGAAAGUUGUUUGUUUUGUUUUUAUAAAAUACAUGGGGACAAUGCUUUAAGUUUU